AUUGGACGUGGAUGUGGCUUUUACCUCUCGCCAUGGGAUUUGCACGAGAGCUGCUAUGGCGACACUCUUCUCUACAACGAGUUCUACUUGGCUCAGCUCCGAGAGCUUCUUACUGGAUAUGGGCCGAUCUCCGAGGUGUGGCUGGAUGGUGCGAAAUCACCCACUGCAGUGAACAUGAGCUACGAUUUUGAGCUCUGGUUUGACACGAUUCAUCCCUGGUGCCAACAUCUUUUCCGACGCUGGCCCGACAUCCGAUGGGUUGGGAACGAGUAUGGCGAGGCCGGACAACCAUGCUGGGCGAUGGCGAACAGAUCUUCCUUUACGAUCGGCAGGAGCGAUGGCCAGUACGUAAAAUCCAUCCUUCCAUGAAAGCACAGCGUGCCGGGAGCUCCAACUGCUUUGAGAACCAGAGAUGGCGGUGAGUUUACAUUUCUUAGGUUGCAUGCAUGCAUGAGUGAUUGAGAGCUCCCGGCAGGGUCAUGAAGAAGAGGGAGAUGACAGCGUCCCCGAUCUGGAACAAGACCCGGAUGCUCACAUGGAGGAGCUCGACCACGAGGCUGUCUAGUUUGUGCAUACCUCGGGUUUUGCUGCACCUGCUGCUGCGAAGAGAACCGGGAAAGAACUGGAACCAUGCUGAGACCAUGCUCCUGAUUGAUCUCGUUCGUUUAAAUGCACAUUGCGGAUGACAAGAGCCCCGGUCUCCAAGUGCUGCCUGAGAAGAAGACCGUGAACUUGAGGUUCAUCGGGCUGUGAUUGGGAGGAGGUUUUGCAUCGGCCUGUGGAAGUUUUCUUUGGAGUAUUAGGUGGAAGAGGAAACUUCAGAUGGAGAAGAGGACCUUCUUCACCAUUUGUGGCAUGCUGGAGAGCGAGAUCCGGAAGCAAGAUACCGGUUGGAGGAGUGUGGUGCUGGUGGAUGUUCGACUGGGGGUGACUUUGUACAAGCUUUUCAAGAACACAAAUUACUUGGAUCUGGUGGACAAGUUCGGCAUUGGGGAGUCCACAGCUCAUGAGAUUGUCAUGGACACUACUGCGGCGAUUGUCAAGUGUCUCAGGUACAAGAUUCAUUUUCCUUCAACUGCCAAGGAGGUUCGAGCUGUUGCUGCUGGCUUUCGACAAGUGACAGGAACCCGACUUCCUAAUGUUGCUCGAGCGAUCGACUGUACUCCGAGAUCAUCCGACCUACUAGACUGGACGGCAAGAGCUACUACGAUCGGAAGCAGCGUUACUCGGUCAUCUUGCAAGGGGUUUGUGAUGCCCAGAAGAGGUUCCUCAGUGUCUACGCUGGGUGGCCAGGACGCGUCCAUGACAUGAGGGUUUUUCGUAAUUCAACCCUUAGGAACAAGAUUGUAGCAAGGGAGCUGCUGACAUCACCCGCGGUGUUAGCAUAUGACGAUAGGAUCAAGCCAUACCUAGUGGGGGACAAAGGGUACCAACUCCAGCAGCAUCUGAUUAUUCCACACACAACUCCAAACCCGACACCAUCCAAGGCAGCUUUAAACCUUCAUCACCACCUUGCUCGGAUUGUUAUUGACUUCUUAAAAUGAAGUUCAGAUGCUUGGAUCAAAAACAAAGGAUCCAGCCAAAGUACCUUCCCAACAUCAUCAAGAGUUGUUCUUGAUUGAUGUUGGGGAGACUGAUCUUUGGGCGGAGAUCCAAGCUUGGAGGAAAGAGGUGAAAAGGCUCAAGGACCAGGACCUCUUUGUUGAUUAUGGUGAUCCCGAGCAAGCGGAAGGGGAGCCUCGUGAGAUCUUCAUCAGCCUUGCUGAGAGCGAUGUGGUAAGCUCUCUCUCUCUCUUGGUUUCAAGUUCUUAGUCUGUGCUCCAGGUUGCUUGUGUCAUGUCUCUGAAGUGUCUUACGAUUUUAUUCAAGACUUGUCAACAUUUUACAAAAUCGGCCAAUGGGUUCAAGUAAAAAUUCUAAAGGUUGAUGCGGAAACCAAACGUAUAUCUCUUGGAAUGAAAGCGUCAUAUCUGACCCCUGAGGAUGGCAUCAAGCCGAUGGAGGAAGAAGCUAUAAAUGAAGAGCCUUCGAGCACAAAUGUGAUCAUGGAUAAUGAUGAGAGGGAGGAGGAGGACUACUUGGAUCUGGCAUCAAAACGAUUCCCACAGCUGUGCAUGUCGAUCCACUCUCAACAAAGACGUUGAGGAUACAGUGCCAAUUGACCUGAAAGAGCAGAGUUACUUCUUGUUUAUAUUUACUCUUCUCAUGUCCUGCUUCUCAACAGGGAGGCUGCAGCAAAAGAGAAGUUAUUACAGAAGGAC